GGGGAAUAAAUUUAAAAUAGAAGAAUUUUGGUGGUGUUUUUGGUGGUGGAAUAAUAUAGUAGAAGAGUCACAACAAGAACAAGAACAACAAGAACAUUUGUUGUUAAAUUGUAAUUUACAACAAUUACUUAAGGAUAAUUUCUUUCAGGUGCUCAAGGUGAGAAAAUGUUGAAGCAAUUACAAAAUGUCCUCACGACAAUGGCCACAAAAAGGACAGCUUUAGCAAAUGCUGCAAAAACAACUGUACAGGACCAUGAAUUGAAGCAAUUAGUUUACCGAAAGUGCCUUCAAGCUCUUAUUUAUCCAAUAAGUGCAACAACUCCACACAAUUUCCAAAUGACCAACUUUCAAACUCCCACUUGGUGCUAUGAAUGUGAAGGUCUUUUGUGGGGUAUAGCACGGCAAGGUCUUCGCUGCACAGAAUGUGGUGUAAAAGUACACGAUAAAUGUCGAGAACUUUUAAGUGCCGAUUGUUUACAAAGAGCAGCUGAAAAGAGUAGCAAACAUGGGGAAGGGGAUAGAGCACAAAAUUUAAUUGCUGUAAUCCAUGAAAGAAUGAAAAUGCAGGAAAGAAACAAACCAGAAAUUUUUCAAAGAAUUCAAGAAGCUUUUGGAUAUAAUGAAAAUAUACAACAAGAAACAUUACGUGCAGUUAAAGGUUCUAUACUUGAAGGAAGUUCUAAAUGGAGUGCAAAAAUUCAACUUACUGUUAUUUGUGCAAAAGGCUUAAGUGGAAAAGAUAAAACGGGCAAAAGUGAUCCUUAUGUAACUGUGCAAGUUGGCAAAGUACGAAAGAGAACAAGAACAAUACAUCAAGAAUUGAAUCCAAUAUGGAAUGAAAAAUUUUCUUUUGAAUGUCACAAUUCUACUGAUCGAAUAAAAGUACGUGUUUGGGAUGAAGACAACGAUUUAAAAAGUAAAUUACGUCAAAAAUUGACUCGUGAAUCUGAUGAUUUUCUUGGUCAAACAAUUAUUGAAGUUCGGACAUUAUCUGGUGAAAUGGAUGUUUGGUAUAAUUUGGAAAAACGUACCGACAAAUCAGUUGUUAGCGGAGCAAUUCGUCUCUACAUAAAAGUAGACAUUAAAGGAGAAGAAAGAUUAGCACCAUAUCAUUCACAAUAUACUUGUUUACAUGAACAUUUAUUUUUGCAUCAAUAUAAGGAAGACGAUGUUCAAUUACCACAACAACAACAACUAGCAGCUGAUGAGGCUUGGCGAAUAUAUUUUGAUGAAGUUGGGCAAAUGAUUGUUGAUGAAUUUACAAUGCGUUAUGGAAUUGAACAAAUAUAUCAAGCAAUGACUCAUUUUGCCUGUCUUUGUACUAAAUAUAUGUGUGUUGGUGUUCCCGCGGCUUUAUCUACAUUAUUAGCAAAUAUUAAUGCCCAUUAUGCACAUGCAACUGCUACUGCUGCUGUUUCUGCUCCCGAUCGCUUUAAUGCAACAAACUUUGGAAAGGAUCGAUUUGUCAAAUUGCUGGAUCAACUACACAAUUCUUUGCGUAUUGAUUUGGGAAUGUAUAGGGUGGGUGAUUUUUUAAAAAGAAAUAAAAAUAUUCUUGGUCUCAUCUAA